AUGGCACCGAGAGGUCUCUCAGCGGACGAAAAACGCGUCAAACUACUCGAAAUAUUCCAUGAGACUAAAGAUUUUUAUCAGUUGAAAGAGUUAGAAAAGCUUGGACCGAAAUUGAAGGGAAUCGUCUCCCAGUCUGUCAAAGAAGUUCUUCAGUCUCUAGUGGAUGACGGGCUAGUACAAGGAGACAAGAUCGUCUUCUGGAGCUUUCCAUCUCACCAAGGAGCCGUGAUCCAAGGUCGAGUGGACAACGCCAAGGAAAUGAAGAUAUCCCAACACACGCAAUUGCUAGAAAUACAACAGUCCAUUGAGAGGGAGAAGUCCACUCGGAUUGAAUCGGAAUCCCGAACAGCAGCUAUCGCGAAACUUCAGUAUAUGAAGAAAGAAUUGGCAAAACUUGACGAGGAACUGACCGCAUAUGGCGCGUGCGAUCCUGUAAAGCUCGAGGAGACUAGAAGAGCAAUCACUCUGGGUAAGGAGGCGGCUAUGCGAUGGACAGAAAACUACAGCGCGCUCUUGCCACACUUCCUUCAUCAUAGCAUGGCCUCAAUAGAGGAUAUUCGGAAGUAUUUGGAGAUCGACGAAGAAUACGAGGAUAUUUAUUAG